UAUAAUCAGCGACUAUAAUGUGCGCCUUGUGACAGUGCUCUACCUGCAGCAACAAUAAAAAGUCUUACAUAAGCGAGGAAAAACCAAUAAUUUUUAUUGGUCAAAUCAUCAUCUAGAAAAGAAAAAGUCGAAGUCGUAGAAGUGCCAAAACAUUUGGUCGCCACAUAACUAGAAUGUCAAAUAUCUGACAGCGUGCGACACACACAGACACACACAAAGCUUAAGUUGAGCCACCGAAUUCAACAGCAGAGAGCGAGACAUAGAGACUCUCGCAAUUAACAGUUAAUUUUCACGCAAAGGCUUUAAAACACAAGCUCGUUAGAAUGUUUGCAUCAAUCUGACAGCGGUUUAAACAAACCAAAACAAAAACUAGCAGAAGGAUAACUAAAUCCAGUCCAGCCAAAACGUUCCACAAGCACUGUGCGAAGGGAACGAUCGAGAAAAGUUGGAGGAAUCGAGAUAACAACGUUUUUUUGUGCAAUUCCCCCUCAAAUUGAAAUUUUGUGCAACCGAACGAGAAAGAACUUAGCGAUAAAUGGAGAAAUCUGAAAUACGACUGCAACGCAUGUCUAAUGAAUAUCAAUCGCAAUCGAGCUAUAUGUAUUUGCGAAACAAAAUGCUGUUAAAAAUUGAAAACACCCUACUACGUAGCCAUCGUCAGCGUGAGACCACCGGGAUCAAGAAACUGUAUAAUUCAUUUUUCGUACUGUUUUAAUUGCAUUCAAACGUCCCCUCCAACGUUCGAAGAACGCACAACGAAUUUUAUUUUUAUCAAUUCAAACUUACAAAACAAAAGUUGUUAAAACAAUAUCAAAAAAAAGUGAAAAAUAUCUAACUAGAUAUUAUUUGGUUGUUAGUUGUACAAAAAAUCCAAGUGCUGUGCUAAAAAAAAAAA